AUGGCUACGAACAAUGGCACAUGGCACAAAACAACAUUGCAAGCGGCCAGAGAACAACAGGCCGAGUACCAGACAGCAACGGCCCACGCUCACGAUGCGUUGCUGAAGCUGUCACAUCCUGCCUACAAAAUCCCCAACCCUCUGGUUGCCAACUUCGAGGCCCUUGGCAUACUCAGCAUCUAUCCUUGGCAAAAGCAGUGUCUCAUGGGUCCAGGACUUCUCAAAGGCGAGAAGAACCUGGUCUAUAGCGCACCUACGGGCGGAGGCAAGUCUCUGGUUGCAGAUGUGUUGAUGUUGAAAAGGGUCUUGGAAGACCGGGAGGCCAAAGCAAUCCUCGUGCUGCCUUACGUGGCGCUCGUCCAGGAGAAAAUUGGAUGGCUGAGGAAACUGGUCAACGGUAUUUCCAGAGAAUCUAUCACUGGACCCAUCCAAGAAUCUGACCAGAAGUUCUGGCGUAAACGGUCCGAUGAGGACACGGUCAGAAUUGUUGGGUUCUUCGGCGGCAGCAAGAUCAAGCAGACGUGGGCUGAUUUUGAUGUCGGCGUUUGCACCAUUGAGAAGGCAAACUCCCUCGUGAAUACGGCCAUUAACGAUGGCUCAAUCACCAGUCUGAAAGUUGUAGUUCUUGAUGAGCUUCACAUGGUCGACGACGAUCACCGAGGCUACCUGCUGGAACUCAUGGCCACGAAGCUUCUUGCUCUUGACGAUCAUGCCGUACAGAUUAUUGGCAUGAGUGCAACCCUGACAAACAUCAAGCUAUUGGCGACAUGGCUCCAGGGUCACUUUUACGAGACCCAGUACAGGCCAGUCCCGAUCGAGGAGCACCUCGUCUACGACAGCCGAAUCUACGCCGCCGGGACAACCAGCCGACUGGUCAAGGCCGCCGCAACUCAGGCAAACGGGACGCAGGUCUCCCAGGCUCCAUCCACUGCGAUAGGGACGAUAGCGGCAUCGGAUGCCAAGGAACUUCAGGACCCUGUUCUCAAUGCGGUCGUAGCCCUGGCGAACGAAACGGCGCGUGCUGGAUAUGGUGUGCUGGUAUUUGCAAGUAGCCGCGCGGGCUGCGAGUCGGAUGCGCUCAUCAUCAGUCGGGUAAUGCCGCCUCUCCAUGAGUGGGACACGGACAUACAGGAGAAAAGAACAGACUUGCUUGGUGAUCUCAGAAGCCUGCCAGGGGGGCUUGACCCGAUCCUUGAGCAGACGAUCACCAAUGGUGUUGCUUUCCAUCAUGCAGGGCUCACUACUGAAGAGCGGGAUCUCAUCGCGAACGCCUACGAUUCUGGCACCAUCAAAGUUUGCGUAGCCACUUGCUCUCUUGCAGCCGGCAUAAACCUCCCGGCAAGGCGGGUCAUCCUACACAACGCACGCAUGGGCCGCGAUAUUGUUGGACCGUCCAUGCUCCGCCAGAUGAGAGGCCGUGCCGGACGGAAAGGCAAGGACGAGGUUGGGGAGACGUAUCUCUGCUGUCGCCAGAAAGACCUCGAGGAAGUAACCGAGCUCAUGCAAGCAGAACUGCCCCAGCUCACAAGUUGUCUCACAAGCGACAAACACCGUAUUCAAAGGGCGCUGCUUGAAGCUAUAGCGGUGCGGCUGGCCACUAGUCGUGAAUCACUCGAUGAGUUUGUUCGGAAGACGCUGCUCUACCAGUCCACUGACAUUGUGAAAAUCAAUGAGAUCGUUGAAGCCAGUCUCUCAGAUCUGGAAGCCAGAGGCUUUAUCUCGAUCGACCCGUUCUCAAGCUUCGAGGCCACUCAGCUGGGUAAAGCGAUUGUAACCUCAUCUCUUGACCCAGACGAUGGAGUUUUCAUACACAAUGAGCUGAAGAGGGCUCUUCAAGCUUUUGUUAUGGAUGGCGAAAUGCACAUUCUCUAUACCUUCACGCCUGUCCAGGAAAUGUCGGUCAACAUCAAUUGGAAAAUCUAUGCAAACGAGAUGGAAAGCCUGGAUGAGAGCGGACUGAGGGUCCUCAGCUUCCUUGGCUUGAAGCCUACCGAGAUCAACAGAAUGAUGCGUGGAGGGGCGAUGAAAACAGAAACAACCACGGAGAAGGAAGUCGCCCGUGUCUACCACCGCUUUUAUCUCGCUCUUCAGUUACGCGAUCUGUGCAAUGAGAUGCCCGUACACCGCGUGGCGCAGAAAUAUACCAUGCCACGAGGAACCGUUCAGACGCUAGCACAGUCCUGUCAAGGCUUCGCCGCCGGCAUGAUCAAGUUCUGCGAGCAAAUGGGGUGGGGAGUCAUGGCAGCUGCUUUGGAUCACUUUUCAGACCGACUGAAGGCCGGAGCCAAGUUUGACCUGCUAGCCCUGGCGAAGAUCACCUUUGUCAAGAGCCGGACUGCACGCGUCUUUUGGGACAAUGGCUUCCGAAAUGUCGCUGCGGUAGCGAAUGCCGACCCACAGGAGCUCGUGCCCGUGCUCCUGCAAGCGCAGCCGAACAAGAUCCGUCUGGAGGCCAAGGACGAGCAAAAGUACAAGGAGAAGUUGCUUCUGAAGGCGCAAGUGAUCGCUAAAUCGGCGAAUAGGCUGUGGGAGUUCGAGAUGCAGCAAGAUAUGGACGAAGAGUAG